AUGUUUUCCGCAGCUCGUUCAGAUACGUUGUUCUUAGGGGCUCAAAAAGUCACUGGUGACGAUGUGCGUAACCAAACAGUUUUGGCUGCGCAAACAGUGGCCAAUGUUGUCAAGUCAUCUUUGGGACCAGUUGGAUUGGAUAAAAUGUUGGUUGACGAUAUCGGAGAUGUCACUGUGACCAAUGAUGGGGCUACUAUUUUGGCAUUGUUGGAUGUCCAACAUCCAGCUGGUCAAAUUUUGGUAGAAUUGGCUCAACAGCAAGAUCGCGAAGUUGGUGAUGGAACAACUUCAGUGGUUAUCAUUGCUGCUGAGUUAUUGAAGCGUGCCAAUGAGUUGGUCAAACAUAAAGUACAUCCAACCACAAUCAUCAGUGGAUACAGAUUAGCAUUGAAGGAAUCGAUCAGAUAUAUAAAUCAAAUCUUGUCACAAAAUGUUGAUCAAUUGGGAAAGGAAACCUUGAUUAACAUCGCCAAGACAUCAAUGUCAUCGAAAAUCAUUGGAGCUGAUUCUGAUUUUUUCAGCAAGAUUGUCGUUGAUGCAAUGUUGGCGGUAAAGACAACAAACUCAAAGGGGGAAACUAAAUAUCCAGUUAAAGCAGUAAACAUUUUGAAAGCUCACGGUAAAUCAGCAUUGGAGUCGGUAUUGGUCGAAGGCUAUGCUUUGAACUGUACUGUUGCUUCACAAGCCAUGGUGAAGGAGGUCAAAAAUGCCAAGAUUGCUUGUCUUGAUAUCAAUUUACAAAAAGCGAGAAUGGCAAUGGGUGUACAAAUAAAUAUUGAAGAUCCUGAUCAAUUGGAAGAGAUUAGGAAAAGAGAAUAUGGAAUCAUUAUUGAGCGAAUUCAGAAAAUUAUCGCCAGUGGUGCUAACGUCAUCUUAACAACAAAGGGAAUUGAUGAUUUAUGUUUAAAAGAAUUUGUUGAAAAUGGAUGUAUGGCUGUUAGACGUUGUAAAAAAGAGGAUUUACGCAGAAUUGCUCGUGCCACUGGUGCCACUUUGGUAUCAUCAUUGAGUAAUUUGGAAGGUGAAGAAACGUUUGAAGCUAGUAAUUUGGGUUCAGCACAAGAAGUCGUACAAACAAGAAUCAGUGAUGAUGAAUGCAUAUUAAUAAAGGGAACCAAGCAACAUUCAUCAAGUUCGAUAAUUUUGAGAGGUCCAAAUGAUUAUUCAUUGGAUGAAAUGCAAAGAUCUAUAAAUGAUUCACUUUCAGUAGUGAAGAGGACGUUGGAAAGUGGUAAUGUCGUACCUGGAGGAGGAGCAGUUGAAACUGCGCUAAACAUUUAUUUGGAAAAUUUUGCUUCAACAGUGGGGUCGAGAGAACAAUUGGCAAUUGCAGAAUUUGGUGCAGCAUUGUUGAUUAUCCCCAAGACGUUGGCAAUGAAUGCAGCUAAAGAUGCAUCGGAAUUGGUUUCGAAAUUGAGAACAUAUCACGCUGCGGCACAAUUGGCCAAGACUGAUGAUGAAAAAAGGAAAAAAUAUAAGAAUUAUGGGUUAGAUUUGAUACAUGGCAAGAUUGUAAAUGAAGCUACCCAAGGUGUUUUGGAACCAACAAUUUCCAAGAUUAAGGCAUUGAAAUCGGCAUUGGAAGCUUGUGUUUCGAUAUUGAGAAUUGAUACCAUCAUUGAAGUGCACCCAGAGCCACCAAAGGAAGAUCCUCAUGCUCAUUGA